GAGUGGAGGAGACUCCUAGCUAAUGUCCGAGCAGACUGCGCUCUGAGGAGAGAAAGAGAGCUAUAUACAGCUGGAAUUAGAACAUAUGUUCGUCUGGUUCUGGGACUAGAAUCCGGGAUCUUUGGAAACUAGAUCGAAAACUUACUUGGUGGAUAUCUGGACCCAAGGUUCUGUAGAGAUGUUACAUCUCAGGCACCUGCUCUGGCUGAUGUUUCUUUGUCCUGUUUUUGCUGAAAAAGAUCCAUCAUGGAGGAUGACGGUAGAGAAAGCUGCCCCCGCUAGUGGCUCUCUGGCUGGCAGGGUGGUGCUACCAUGCCACUACUCCAUCACCCCCACCUCCUCAAACACCCCCACCACACACACCCCUACACUCACCCACAUCCACACCCCUAACACCCAGGGCCCAGAGGACCAGCUGAGGAUCAAGUGGAGCAAGCUGGAGGGAGAUGGGGAGCGUGUGGUGUUGGUGGCCCAGGGAGGAGUGAUCAAGGUGGGGCAGGAGUACAAGGGAAGGGUGUCUGUGCCCAGCCACCCCCAGGCAGUAGGGGAUGCCUCGCUGAUCGUUGUCCGCCUGAGGGCUAGCGACGCUGGGCUGUAUCGCUGCGAGGUCAUGCAUGGGAUGGAGGACACCCAGGAUACUGUUCAUCUCAAUGUCAGUGGUGUGGUGUUUCACUACAGGUCUAGAUCUAGUCGUUACACCUUGUCCUUCCCUGGGGCCAUUGAAGCGUGUUUCGCUGCCGGGGCCACCAUCGCUACAGCCGAACAGCUGACCGCCGCCUUCGAGGACGGACUGGACCAGUGUGACGCCGGCUGGAUAGCUGACCAGACCGUCAGAUACCCAAUCAUGAAGCCCCGUCCUGGUUGCAUGGGCGAUAUGAAGCACAGACCUGGGAUCAGGACGUAUGGGCUCAGAGACCCUAAAGAGACCUACGACGUCUACUGCUAUGCAGACAAACUACACGGUGAGGUGUUCUAUGCUCCUAUCAGCUACAAGCUGACCCUUCGCCAGGCCAAGCAUGAGUGUGAGAGGCAGGGGGCGGUGCUCGCCUCCCCUGGUAACCUGUUCGCCGCGUGGCGUGGAGGACUGGAUCGCUGUGACUACGGCUGGCUGUCAGACGGCAGUGCCCGCUACCCCAUCUCCGUCCCCAGGCCCCAGUGUGGAGGAGGGCUGCUGGGGGUCCGGACCCUGUACCGAUUCCCUGACCAGACAGGCUUCCCCAACCCUAUUGACAGACAUGGAGCUUUCUGUUUCAAGGCUCUGCAGCAGUGCACUGUGAAUGUGUGUCUGAACGAAGCAUCUUGCUACCAGAGAGGCAACGCCAGCAUCUGUGUGUGUGCACAUGGAUACACCGGACAGCGCUGCGAGACAGAUGUUGAUGAGUGCCAGUCCAACCCAUGUCGUAAUGGAGCCACCUGUAUGGACGGAGUCAACUCCUUCAGCUGUGUGUGUCUGCCCAGCUAUGCAGGACAGCUCUGUGAACAAGACACAGAGGUGUGUGAGUAUGGCUGGCAGAAGUUCGAGAGCCAUUGUUAUAAGUACAUCACCCACCGUCGGACCUGGGACGCCGCCGAGAGAGAGUGUCGUGUCCAAGGAGCCCACCUAGCCAGUGUCCUGUCACAGGAGGAGCAGCUGUAUGUCAACCGUCUGGGCCAUGACUACCAGUGGAUCGGUCUGAACGACAAGAUGUAUGAGAGAGACUUCCGCUGGACAGACGGCAGCAUCAUGCAAUAUGAGCACUGGCGUCCCAACCAGCCAGACAGUUUCUUCCAGUCUGGUGAGGACUGUGUGGUGAUGAUCUGGCACGAGGGAGGACAGUGGAACGAUGUACCCUGCAACUACCACCUCACAUUCACCUGCAAGAAGGGCACAGUCUCUUGCAGCCAGCCCCCAGUAGUGAAGGAUGCCUGUGUGUUUGGUUCUAUGAAGCCUCGUUAUGAGAUCAACACUCUGGUUCGUUACCACUGUAAAAACGGCUUCAUACAGAGACAUGUCCCCACCAUCCGCUGCCGUGACAACGGCCAAUGGGACAGCCCAAAGAUCACCUGCAUGAGCCCCGCUACCUACCAGAAGUCUUUCGUUUCUAGGCAACGUACCGGAAAUCACAAUCAUAACCAGAAUCAGUACAAUCACAACAAUCAAAACCAGCACCAAUACAACUAUCAAAACCACCAAUACAACUAUCAAAACCAACAAUAUAACAAUCAAAACAAUCAAGACCAACAGAAGAACUACAACCAGAAACGUCAGGGCAGCCGUAACCAGCAGCAACAGAGCCAGAGAGAGAGGAGACAUCAACACUAAUCUGAUCUCUGGUCAGUCCUUAAAAGCACAGAUAAUGUUGCAAAAUUCCAGUAACUUUCCCAAAAUUCCGAAUUUUUCCAGAAAUCCUGGUUCCUGCUUAUUCCCUCCCUCCUUCCAACCGGGAUUUCUGGAAUUUUGAGUAAUGUAGUAAUCCCAGACCAACUCAGAUCGAAUCCAAAGGGCUAGCUAGGGCCAGACCCAUAGACAUACAUUCAUAACUAUUUAUGAAUAUGUAUAGCUAUGGCUCUGGAUAGGGCCGUGGGGGUAUUUCACAAGGCAUAAUCAUAAUCAGCAAGCUAACUCUGAUAAAAACACUUUUCUAAUUUAUAAACAGGUUUUAUAAACAUUGUUACACAGAGUAUUGAGUCCAUUUCAAAUUCAACUAGGACAAAUUAAAGUUUCUGAAUAUUUUUUGAAGUUAGCUGGCUAACUUGAUCUUGAUCUUACUUAGUGAAAUCCACCCCAGAUCACGUCUGAUUCUUCCUACAACUGUGACACACAGUGCCUUAAUGGUUAAUACAGCAACAAUGACCAUCUCUAGAACAGGAGAGCUUGACUGUUCCUGCUCUAGAGGUACACAUCUCAAUCCAGUGCUUUCUGAAUAUUUCCACUUUACCCUGUUUCUUUUUCCUGAGAAAUAAUCCACUGAAAAGGCAUAUAAAAUAGAUAUUUGGCUCACUACUAGAAUGUCUGCCUGUGUGCUGGUGACAAGUUUGCAAUUAUUCCAGUGAAAGAGACCAUAGUUUAUUAUUUGGAAUAAUGAGCAUUCACAUAAUCACAUCAGCAAGUUAUGAAGGUUUAUAUGAAUCAUUCCAUAUUUUCUGCUCACAGAAUGUGAGAUAAAAAGUUGAUUGUUCUCAUAUAACCCCCACCCCCUUCAGAACAGCCUCAAUUCGUCGGGGUAUGGACUCUACAAGGUGUUGAAAGUGUUCCACACGGAUGCUGGCCUA